AUGUUCAUUCGCUAUGGAAUCAUCCUUUUACCGCUCCUAGCAUUCCUUGACGCUUCUGGUUUAUCGAAGAUGAACGGGGUCAUGGAAGAAUCGUUGCAACGAAAUUCGACCGUUGAAGAAGCUCAAUUUUCUCCACGUACUGCCGGUCCUUCUGGAAGGUUGAUCAAGCCAGGCGGGGGUUCAGUCUAUCAAAACCAUGUCAGCAAUGUCGGAGCGGUAGAAGUGAUUUACAUUGGAGUUUCGGAUGGAUCAAAUGAAUAUGGGGCUCGAACAUGCACCAUUGAUCUUCACCUUGUACCAAGAUCAGGCAAAGGGGAUCCUCCGAAAGUUUUCAACAUUAGCGAUCCCUCAGUUACUUCUUUGGCCUCUGGAAUGCGACCUCACGACAGUGGAAGUGAUCAACCUAUUCGGGCGAGUUUUGUCCCACCUGUGGGUGCCUGUGGUGAUUAUUGUGAGUACACAGAGCUCAAUUCCAAUGAAGAAUUUGAAGUUUUACAUUUGACUGACUGGCGCCACUUAUACUCUAGACAUGGUAGUCUCAGAGAGGCAAUUGUACCAGGCGAGUGUUGUCCCUUUGUCUCAUUCAAAUAUCCCAAGGAUAUUGUGAUACAUUUCCAAUCAGCGGCUCCGCUCAUCACUUUCAAGUGCGCUGGUUCAAUCAGAACAACAAUUGUAGUCAAUGGAACGGCUUAA